AUGAGUUGGAUACAUGAUGCAAUAACUCUCGAUUGUUGUAGCUUAAGCUUUGCGAACGAAGCUUUGAUACUUGCUACAAAAGCGCUAAUGGCUCAGACGAUCAAUGCCGGAGAGAGAAGUUCGAUUGCAAAAGGCAGAAGGGAAAGUCUUCUUAGACGGUAUUUAACGCGGAAUGAUUUUUUUUUGCAUUAUCUUUUAUCUUCCAAGCUAAUUCUGUGUAUGUCUGUGUGUUCUCAAAGUAAGCAACACCUGGAUGAUGUGUUAUUCUUUCUCCAGAUUGGAAGGAUUGCAUGGAGACAGCGCUGGUGGAAACGUUCGAGAAAUCCGGAUAGUGACGCAAAAAAAUCUUUACAACUUCAACAAAGGAAGAUGUUAAAUGCUACACAGUUUCUUCUACGUGAACAACGAUGGCGAUUUUGUCGUGAAAAAUUAGACGACGUCGGUGAAAUAUUUUUUACUUCGCAUUCAACUGUAAUCCACUUGCAUGUGACAUAUGACAUGAGAUAUGAUCAUAUGAAAACAAAUGCAUAA